ACGAGCUGUCAUGGCGUUUUGAAGUGUACAGUUUUGUGCACAGUAAAACAUAAAUAAUGAUUCUUAGGCGAAUUAUUUCUUUAAUAUAUGUGAAAUUAUUUUGUGGAUACUCUAAAGUAUCAUGAUUAACGUGUGUUUGUAAUAAUUACACGUAAGUGCGAGUUACAAUGGACAAGAAAAAUGCAAUUCGAAGAGCCAAAAGGCAGUCGAAAGUGCUUGAAGAAAAUUAUUGGGAUUGCAGCGUUUGUACGUACAGAAAUAACGCAGAAGCCUUUAAGUGUUCUAUGUGCGACGUUAGAAAAGGUACUUCUACGCGAAAACCUCGCAUCAACCCAGCGUUGGUGGCGGCUCAGGCCGCUGGUACAGCUCCUACUAGUUCACAAAAAAGGCCGAGGUCUGCGAACUCGCUCAAGAAGAAACGAAGAUAUCCCCCACGUCUUAGUAACGUCGACAGAAGUUCGGCGCAGACCAGAGAGGUAACAGUGAGCGGUGUUACUGUAGUUAUAACAGAGUAUAAACCGAAGAAGUCAGUAUCGAGCAGCUCCAGCGACAUGGAAUCAUCGAAUGACGCGCGACCAUGAUUGAUCAUCAACCCCCACCUUCCCAUACUGAGACUCACUCCGCUCUCUUUAAAAGACAUCACAAAACGUCGAUCUUUCGAAACAUAAUUCAAUAGUUGUUUUUAUUUAUGACGAAAUAAGUUAUAGAUUUACUUUAGUUUUAUCAAUUUAUAUACAUUACGUAAUAAGAAUGCACAAUGUAUGUACAGUCCAGGAAAUUGGCGGUACAUCACUCUCACGCGAUUAUUGCUUGCGCUAGGUUUUCACAGUUCUUAGAAGUGUUACUAAUAGAGCAAAAAUUUGAAGAGGAUUUGUAUACAAAGUAGUAUACGCAAAUUUCUUUGACGGUACAAUCGGACAAUUGGAUUUCUUAUAAUAGUACCGCUAUAGUUACUAGAAAAAAAUCGGUCUUAUUUCAAUGUUUUUUUUUUAUUUCUUCACAACUAUUCAUGAGUUGUUCAGCUAAUUUUUUUAUUGAUUUGGAUUAGCUGUUGCAUUCUAAUCUUUCGGUUCGAUAGUAAUUUUAAAUCAUUGUUUUUAUUGUUCCUUUUAUACAUCACUUUUUUAUAUCUACACAUUAUUUCGUGUAUAAUAAUAUUUUAUGUGUAUAUUUGUGACACUAUAUUAAUGAUGAUCUAGAUCAAUAUAAGAAACUAAUAUAGAAACUUAUCGUCUAUUUAAUAACGCUAUAAGUUAAUGUAAAAGUUUUUUUUUUUUAAUAUUUAACGAUCCUAUUGUAUCGGCCAAUUAAUUUUACCUUAAAAUUAUAAAUAUAAUCACGCUUCUUAUACCGUAACAGUGAUAUUAAUAAACAAGGUUUAGCGUCAUAGUAAAUUUACACUAAAAUUUUAAUUUUAGUAUUAGUCCUAAUUUAUAUUAUAUAGAGCAUAAGCAAACCUACUACCUCGAACUAGGUUAGCCUUUGCUAAGGCUGUUUAAUAAUAUGGAUUUUGACUAAAACUAGGUGCAGUCCCAGCGUAAAGUUAAUCCAACGCUAAACCUUGUUUAUUAAUAAGUAAUAACACUGUAUGAGUUGAGCGGAGCUUCAGGUAGGUAGGCAAGGUGUCUCAGCCACCGAUGGUGACUUUUGUAUAAUAUUCAUUAGAUUAUUAAUCGAUUCGUGUGUCGUCAUUUAGAAGGUAAUCGUUAUGUCAUUCAUUGCCUGAAACAGGAAAGGUCUGUCGGCUUCAUAGAAGACAAUAUAAGACUACAUUACACUGUUUAUCUGUGGUUUUUACGACUGAGAAAUCGUUAGCCCUUUAAUAGAAGCAUCAAGCGUCAGAUCUAUAGCUAAAAUAACGAUAUUUACCAAUUUUACCCCAGGUAUAUUUGUGGCACCAGGUAUUUAGUGCCAGUAAAUGGCAACCAAUCUCUCUCUCUCUCUUUCUCUCUCUACGGGUUAUACUAAGGAUAGUUAUGAAAUUGGUUGCCACAGUAUUUGCAUAGGUACCGAUAGCGGAAGUUGUUAAAUGUCGUAGUUUUACGGCUAGAACUAGACCUUUUAAUUUAAAAAGAGUGUUACUAAAUUAAUCGAUUACUAUUACGUAUAAGAUAUAUAAUAUCCUUUGCUUCUAAUUUAUUUUCUUAUUUUAAAUUCGCAUUGGUAAGGAUAAGAUUUGUAUAUAGUAAUGGAAACCAGCGGCUCACUGCCAAAGUGAUUUGUAUAUAUAUAGAUUGAUCGGGCAGUAGGGAGAGGAUUUGUAUCGGACUGCUCUUACCAAAAUAUUUUUACAGUAGUUAAUUACGUACAUACUUUUGUCGUCUCAUGUGACGUAUUAAUUAUAUUAUAUUUUUUAACAUCAACUUUAUGAACAGAUUUAAAAUCUCUCAUUUGCAGUGAUUACACGAAUUAAAUAAUAAUAGGAUGAAUUUGCUUUAUUUUUAACAAAUUAUUUAUCAAAUGUGUGCACGGUGCAUAAAUUAUUUGCUAUGCCAACAUUUUUUAUUGGAUACUUUAAUUAGUUGUGUAAAUUAAAUAAUCUUUGGUUAUUUAAUUUAUUUGUAACUUACGUGUAAUAAGUUUUCAAGGAAAUAAAAUGCAAUUUGAAUAUGAAACUGUAUAAGUUUGGAUAAGAACUGCGACUAUUUAUGAAUUGAGAUAUUAUAAGAACUUUUGUAAUUAAUACAAGCACAAAUUGUGC